UUUCACUAAUAACAAAAAAGGCCUUAAAGCUCUAUUAUAUAAACCCCUUAAAGCUCUCAUUUUCUCUCAACCCAACAAAAAACUCAAACCCAAGCCUUAACAAAAACAUGGGAUCGACAGUUCAUGUCAUAGAGGCUACAAUUGUAACUCCAUCGGAGCCAACCCCAACUCGGGUUCUAGCUCUCUCAGCUCUUGACUCUCAACUUUUUCUUCGUUUCACCAUUGAAUACCUUCUGGUCUAUAACGCUCACCCUGGUUUAGACCGACGUGCCACCACGGCUCGGGUCAAGGCUGCUCUAGCGAAAGCCUUGAUUCCCUAUUACCCACUGGCUGGUCGAGUUAGGGCCAAACCUGAUGGCUCCGGGACCGGCCUUGAGGUUGUUUGUCGAGCGCAGGGUGUUUUGUUCAUCGAAGCUCGCUCUGAUCAUAACGUUAACGAAUUUGAGAAAGCUCCACGGUUCGUUACGCAAUGGAGGAAGCUCUUGUCGUUCCACGUGGCAGAUGUGCUGAAAGGGGCCCCACCUCUGGUUGUCCAGCUGACGUGGCUAAAAGACGGCAAUGCUGCGCUCGGUGUUGGCAUUAAUCAUUGUCUUUGUGACGGUAUCGGUAGUGCUGAGUUUCUCAAUUCGUUCGCUGAGUUAGCCUCCACGAGUCAAACCAAGUUCGCCGAGUUCAAGUUUAAACCCAAACCCGUUUGGGAUCGCCACCUUCUAAACCCAUCACCAUUCAAGCCAACAAGAAAUAAUACUAAUAACAACUCACUGAGUCACCCCGAGUUCAACCGAGUUCCAGACCUUUGCGGGUUCCUGGCUCGUUUCUCCAACGAAAGACUCGUCCCCACAUCGUUCAUUUUCGAUAAAACGAGUCUCAACGAGUUAAAAAAGGUCGCUUUUUCCACGAGUAGACCCGGUGAGUCAAAUUACACGUCUUUCGAAGUUCUCUCAGCUCAUAUAUGGCGGAGCUGGGCUAGAGCCUUAAGCUUACCUUCAAAUCAAAUGUUAAAACUUCUUUUCAGCAUCGACGUUAGAAACCGAGUCAAGCCGAGUCUACCCAGUGGAUAUUACGGCAACGCGUUCGUGUUAGGGUGCGCGCAAACCAGCGUUAAGGACUUGACAGAGAAGGGUUUAGGGUACGUGACAAUGCUGGUGAAAAGAGCGAAAGAGCGAGUGGAUAGUGAGUUCGUGAAAUCUGUGGUGGAAUUACUGAGCCAUAGUAGGGCGUGUCCUGACUCAGUAGGGGUUUUGAUACUCUCUCAAUGGUCAAGACUGGGAUUAGAGAAGGUUGACUUGGGGUUGGGGAAGCCGGUUCAUGUGGGACCCAUUUGCUGUGAUCGAUAUUGUUUGCUUUCGCCGGUUUUUAAUCAGACGGAUGCAGUGAAGGUGAUGGUGGCGGUCCCCACGGCUGCCGCCCAGAGAUAUGAACAUCUGGUCAGGAGUUUCUACUUAUGAGGACCACUGGAAUUUGGCCCAUUCGUUGACAUUUUAUAUUAAUCUUAAUUUGACUUUAUUCAAUU